AUGAUGGAGGAACAAGAAAUAAUGGGAUUUUUGCUAGAAGAAAAUGCACCCCUAACUCACACAGAUACUGCACCUAAAAAGAAAUCUAGAUGGCUAGUUUCAACUCCAAAUACUGAAAAUAAGGGAGAAUCAAGUCUCAUAUCUUCACCUAAUCUUAACAAUAACAAAAAUAAUGUGUCUUUACGAAUUUCAGAUGAGUAUAGUGAUUUAUUUGACGACCUGGAUAGCAUGAUAUUAUCUAAUAUUUCGAAUAUCAACUCUAAAGUUUAUGAAAAUGAAAAAAAUGAGUCUAGAAGUCAAAUAGGUGCAAAAAAUAUUCAAAGGGGAAAGAAAGAUAGAAACAGGCAAAACGAAAGAAAAAAGCCAGAAUUGAAUGGCUUGGAAGAUAUCAAAAUAAAACAAAAAUCCCCAAAUACUUUAAAUACAAACUUAAAAGAUAAUACUUCUGAGAUGAUAAGGCUUGCUAACAAUUCUGAUCUUUGUACCAUAGAGGAUGAAGAUGAGAACAUCGCAUUACAGUCAGAGUGCAUAAGAUGGUUAGAAGAAUCACUUGCUAAAAAACUAAGAGAUCUAGAUGUUCAUGAACAGGCUUUAAAAUAUACUACUAAUAAUGAGAUAAACAAUAAGAACGUUGAGAAAAAUAGCAAGGUAUCAGUAACAAAUAUUGAAGAAGAUUUGACGACAAAUAAGAAAAAGGAUGAGGUUUUAGAAACUAUUCGAUUUAAAAUUUAUAUAUACCAGAACUUAGUUACUGAAUCAAAAAAGUUCCCUUUUAAAACUCCUUCUGGGUCUGAAAUCCAACAUCAAAAUAAGGCUGAAUUCAAAAAUUUAAUUGAUAAAAAGAGAAAACAAAUUAGAGCUCUAAGGAGAACUUUAAGAAAUCAAACACAGAAAGUUGGAAAUGACUCUAGUCCAGAAAUAAUUGAUAUACAACAGAAAAUUAUAAAUUGUCGCCAAGAAUUAAAGCAAAUAGAAUUAGAAAAUAAACGAGAGAUGAAAAGUAGUAAAACUUUACAAAAACAAAUAAUUAAAGAACUAGAGGAACACUUACAGCUAUUUUUGAAGAUGAAAAUUGAAAAGGGAGUAGAAGGAAACAAUAGGCAGAAAAAUAAUAAAAAAGUGGCCAAGCAACCUAAAAAUAUAGAAUCAUCCUCAAAGAAAAGUAAGAAAUUACCGACCAAAAUCCCUGACACGUCAGAAAAGCUUGAGAAAAAAAUAAUCACUAACAACAAAAAGCUCAAACCUAAGGACCGGUCUUCCAAUAUAUCCAAUAACAAUGAACCUAUAUCUGAAGACAAUAUUAAAAAUAAAACUAGUUCUAACGUAAAUUAUGCGAAUAACAACUAUAAUAACAAAUGUGAUAAUCUUAACAAUAGUGAGAAUGUACGUACAACGCUUUCACAAAGCAGCGACUCAAAAACCAAAAAUAAUAAAAGUAAGUCUGAUACCAGAAAAGUACAGGAAUUGACAGAAGAACAAGCAUUAGGUUUAAACCGCCAAGAGAUAAUAAGUAUUGAUAAUGAAAAUCUUCAUAUUACAGAAAAGAAAAGUAGAACGUCCGAUAGAAAAAAUAAUAGAAAGAAGAAUGUUGUGUUACAAACUGAAGAUCAUACUAAUGAUACGAAUGACAAUGCUAUCGAAAAUACAAAUCACAAAAACAGACGUUCUGGUAAAAAGAUACCUGAUGUUGUAUCUCUUAAUAAUAGAAGCUCAACUUCUACAAAUGAAAAUAUUCACAGAAAUAAUACUGACUAUACUAAAAAGACAAAGAAAUCCAAUAAGAAAAAAAACAGGGAUAACAAAGUAACCAUCAAUAUUGCCGACAAGAGUGCAAAAAAUCUGAAAAGAGAAGAUUUAUUUGUAUAUUUUUAG